AUGGGUGCACAUUUCUUUCGAAGCGGUUUGAGUCGGUUUGUGUUGAUUGCUAUAAUAGCAUCAGUGUUGGAGAUGACAGUCGUUGCACAAGAUGCUAGUUUUUAUACAAACUUAAUCACGUUUGCGAUCCACAACAGUGAGCAAAACGUGACUACGAACGUUGUCUCGGACUUUGCGGAUUUUGAAGCGCUGGGCUGCAACAAUUCGGAUCCGUUUACCGUCAUAGUGCACGGAUGGAAGGAGAGUUGCCAGACGGAAUGGCUGGUAGACAUGAUAGGCAAUCUAUCAACCGUUCGGAACGGUUGUAUCUAUUGCAUGAAUUACAACAAUUUCUCCCGCCACGACGACUAUUUCGGUUUGGUGCGCCAGUUCUUGCCAAUAUCGGAAGUGUUGGUGACGAAGCUGCACCAGUUGGAGAAGUUUGGAUACGAUUUCGAUGAUGGUUAUAUGUUUGGAUUUAGCUACGGUGCCCAUCUGGCGUUCGACUCGUUAAGAAGGUUUGGUCCCGGCAAGUUGGGUGCGCUGGAUGUUUGUGAGCCAGCUGGCCCCGGUUUUGAUGGAGAACAGAAGUAUCGCGAGAAAGAUCCAAAAGAAGCCGCGAAAAAUGUGCAAUGCAUCCACACGAGUGAUAACUACGGUACGCACGAGCGCAAAUGCCACCAAAACUGGAAUCUGGGACGUUGCGGCAAAUCACAGGACGCAGCCGGUCCGUACCCCAAGGGCUCACAUGGGCUUUGUCCAUACAUUUACAAUAGCGCGUUCAAAUAUGACUUUUUAGCCAUGCCUAACAAGCAAAACUGUGAAACGAAACGCCUUGCACCAGCAUGGCCAAAAGGAUUCCGGAUGGGUUAUUUCAUGGAUCGCAAAAGCGACGUGAUUGGUGAUCUUUUUGCAGCCACCUCGAGGGAAUAUCCGUACUUCGACAAUACCUUCGCUAACGAAGUCAAUGAAGUUUAA